ACUUAAUCACAAAGCAAAAAACCAUUAUUAAUAACCAUAUUAGGACUAUACUAUAGAAGCAUUACAACUGAGAACUAAGCAAAAGCUCCGGACAACUUUCCGGCAAUACUCCGCCGCGAAUCUAGGCUCUUCUCCGCGGUUCUCCGCCGUGAAUCUCCUUUAUUACUCGGCCUUUAACUCACUGAAUUACUGACUUCAACAAAAUGGUUCAAGAAUCUUUCAUAUAUAGCUUUGUAGCGCGUGGUACAAUGGUACUAGCUGAGUAUACCGAGUUUACUGGAAAUUUCCCGGCGAUAGCAGCUCAGUGUUUACAGAAACUGCCUUCUUCAAACAACAAGUUUACUUAUAAUUGUGAUCACCAUACUUUUAACUUCCUUGUUGAAGAUGGUUAUGCUUAUUGUGUUGUCGCCAAAGAAUCUGCGGGGAAGCAAAUUUCUAUUGCAUUUUUAGAACGUGUAAGAGCUGAUUUUAAGAAAAGAUAUGGUGGUGGUAAAGCAGAUACCGCCGUGGCUAAAAGUCUUAAUAAAGAGUUUGGACCUGUCAUGAAAGAGCACAUGCAGUAUAUAAUUGACCAUGCCGAUGAGAUUGAGAAACUAUUAAAAGUUAACGCCCAGGUGUCUGAAGUCAAAAGUAUUAUGUUGGAGAAUAUAGAAAAGGCCAUUGAAAGAGGGCAAAACUUGACUACACUUAACGACAAGGCUGAAGAUCUGCGUGAUUCGGCCCAAGAAUUCAAGAAAAAGGGGACUCAAAUACGGCGGAAAAUGUGGUAUCAGAAUAUGAAAAUAAAGUUGGUUGUGCUAGCCAUCAUCCUAUUUUUGGUUCUUAUAAUCUGGCUUUCAGUUUGUCGUGGCUUCAAUUGCGCAAACUAGCAUAUGGCACACAGUUGGUACCAAAUUCAUACAAAUGUAGACUAACAGAUCAAAACAGGCACAUAUGCAGAGGAUUUUGCUAUGAAGAAAGUAAAGCAUCUGUAAAACUUUGUUUCAGAUUGUUUCUGAAACCUUUUAAAAAAAAUCAAAAGAACCAUUUUUUGUCCUGCGUUUUCUUAAUUUUAUUAUAGGAUUUUUCUUGAAUGUCUCUUUCUUUUUUCGUUAUCGGUUCGGGCAGGGAGGGGUGGGAGUAUGGCUUCAGGCAGUGGCUAUAGGCUUGUAACUGUGUAUUCUGUGCUGUGUAAAUGGUGACUAUGUAAGAUAUCUAUUGUUGGUAGAGGAAUCUUGAUUCAGUACAGUUAUCUAUGUGAUUGAUAAGUAGCUUUUUUGGAA